UUUGGGGCCUAACAUGAAACUUCCCUAUUCCCCUACGUUUGUCAAACAAAAGCCACCCUGUCAAGUUACUUAACAUCACCACCUAGUUAUUUCCAAAUUCCAACAAGGAACAUUUUCUUCUACUUAAUUAGUACCAUUUUUGCUCUUUGCUUAGUUGCUAUAUAUUCAAAGUUUAAUACAAUCAUAAUAUUCAUUAACCCUUGUCAUAAACCAAUUAGCUAUCUUUCUUUGCUAUUAUCAACCAACUUUUGAAGAAAACAGAAAAAAUCAUGGGAGAAGAAGAUUCCAACAUCAACAAAACCGAACCAGAGUCUCUCGACUCUGUUCCUGAAGAGAAUUUCACUAUUCAGGAAAAUGAGUCAGAGAAACCAAAUACUCUAAACACUAUCAACCAUGAAUCUAAUGAACUCGUCGCUUCUUCACUUGAUCCGAAAGUUGUAGAUCAUGCUGAUAGUAAGGAAACAGGGGAGCAUGAUGAUAAAAAAGAUACUACUAGGGACUCAACUGGUAGAGAUGCUGGGCUUACAAGAAUUGUAACAGAGAAAAGAUUGGCUUUAAUUAAAGCAUGGGAAGAAAGUGAAAAGACAAAAGCAGAAAACAGGGCAUACAAGAAACAAUCUGCUGUUGUAUUGUGGGAAGAAAGCAGGAAAGCAUCUAUAGAAGCACAACUCAAGAAAUUUGAGGACAAAUUGGAAAGAAAGAAGGUUGAGUAUGUUGAAAAAAUGAAAAAUGAAAUAGCUGAAAUCCAUCAGUAUGCUGAAGAGAAAAGGGCAAUUGUUGAGGCUCAAAAAGGGGAAGAAAUUCUUGAACUAGAGGAGACAGCUUCAAAGUUUCGUAGCCGUGGAGUCGUACCAAGGAAAUUUUUUGGAUGCUUUAGCGGUUAAGUUUUUUCAACCAAAAUAUGAAGGACUAAGUUCCUGGUUAAGUGAUAUGUUCAAUUAUGUAUACCUUUAAAGAGUGGUUUGUUCCUAUAUGUAAUGUUUGAGUUAACAAAAAGAUUUCACAUUUUACAAUCAACAUAUUUCGAUUUAACAGUAUCAAUAUAAGAGAAAAUACCACAUGCAACUCA